AUCAAGAGAGAAUACAAUAGUUUUCAGCCCAGAAACACUUCUGCGUAACAUGAUAAAGAGACCGACCAACCAAUGCCAGUGUCGGACGGCCCAUUACCAAUAGAGGAGGAUCUGAUCACACGGCCCCCAAGAAGACCUGGUGCUGCAGCACCUACGGUCUUCGACGCUGCCACCGACAACCCAGCGUCGGAGCCCCUUCCGGCAACCAAAGACACCGCACCCGUAGCAGCGAGCGACAUGACAUCGUCCAGCGCUGCCAGCACUGGAGACAGCACCAGUACUGCACUGACGGACCACCUACCCGACGAGGCAGCAACCACUGCCGACGAGGCAGCACCCACACCAGAUCCUAUAGUUGGUCGUGGGCAACGGGAAAGUCCCGACAACGGCCGCCCCUUCAGGUGUUGCGGCCGUUCCUUUUCCACCGUUACUAUCCUCUCUCACUUCGACCAACCUGUCACCAGAUUCCUCCAUAAGGAACUCAAUAAAAUCUUCAACAUUACUGCUGUUUAUGGAAAACACUCUAUCAUUGAGCGUCAAGAGCUCUGGCAUUCCCUUUCAGAAACAUGUCCUUCAGAUGAGGCUUGGAUUGUAGGGGGGGAUUUCAAUGCAAUCCUCUCCCUAGAUGAACACAAAGGCAACUCCUCUCCACCCCUUAAAAGCAUAGAAGAAUUUCAAGAAUGCCUUUCCAGUAACUCCCUCACAAGCAUACAACUUGUUAAGGGCUGGUUCACUUGGAGUGGGAAUAGAGGGCAAGGGCGGCUUUGGAGAAGGUUGGAUAGGGUCCUGGCUAACAUUGAUUGUCUUAAUUUUUUUGCAGAUAUUAAAUGCCUCCACCUUAGUAAGGCAGGCUCAGAUCAUAACCCCUUGCUGCUAGAUUGCAUUCUGGAAACCCCAAGAUCUCCUAAAGGGUUCAAAGUCCUUAAUGAGCUAAAAUCAGCAAUCCGUAAGUGGAACAAGGAAUCCUUUGGUGAUAUUUUUCAAAAUCUUAAAAAAGCAGAGGAAGAAGCCAUCACUGCAGAACUCUCCUAUGAUUCCAACCCUAUUGAAUCCAAUAGGGAAGCUUGGUCGCAAGCUAUGGCUAACCUGCUAAUGGCAACUAAAAAAGAGACGGAAUAUUGGAAGCAAAAGGCCCAAAUACGGUGGAUGGAAAAGGGAGACAGCAAUUCCAAGUUCUUCCAUUCCUUUGUUAAGGGCAGGAGAGCUAAACUCACUAUAUCACAAAUCAAAUCCAGAUCAGGUCAAACGCUUAAGGACGCUGCAAGCAUUAAGGCUGAAGCUGUCGACUUCUUCACCCAAACCUUCUCCCACUCCAGCAUUACUGAUCCUCAGGAGAUUCUGAAAUUUAUCCCCCAAGUAAUCAGUGAGGAAGAUAAUGCCUUCAUAUCACGCCUUCCUUCCAUGGAAGAGGUUAAACAGGCAGUUUGGGAACUUGACCCGCAUAGCACUUGUGGCCCGGAUGGAUUUAAUGGAGAGUUCGUUCUUUCGCAGGACCUGGCACAUCUUGGGGAAGGACCUCCUACUUGCCGCGCAAGAUUUCAGGAUGCACUGGAUUAUGACCCGAAAUGCAUCAUAGAUGAACUGCAUAGCAAUGAACUCACUUUUCUGUUUGCACUGGAUUAUGACCCGAAAUGCAUCAUAGAUGAACUGCAUAGCAAUGAACUCACUUUUCAAGAUGCACUGGAUUAUGAUCCGAAAUGCAUCAUAGAUGAUCAAGACCCGACAUGUGCAUCGCAAUUACCAAGGUGGGGGAAGAUGGCGGUCGAGACACUGGCAGCGGCGAGUGGUGGAGACCCUGGCGGCGGCGGCGAGGAGGGAGGGAGACACUGGAGGCGAGGGGUGGAGACACUGGCGGUCGAAGGCGAGGCUGGGAGGAAGACACUCGCGGCGCGGUCGACGGCGAGGCGAGGAGGACUAGCGCCGCGGCGUCAAGCAUGCGGCGGCGGCGGGCGGUCAAGGAAAGCCGCGGAGGAUAUGCGUCAGUUGAAGUUGUGUGGACGGAAGAUGUCUGGGCUUGGAUCUGUGAACUGAUUUCGUAUGUAGAUUGAAAAGAGGAUAACCCGAUGUUAUUUAAUUAUCCACGACGGAAUUACAUCCGUUGCAGAUUCCGUAGCAGAUCUGCUACGGAAAGUGUAUUUCCGUCGCAAUAAUGUUCCUUUUCCCGA